AUGGGAGUGCAGCUUGCAUACAAUGUGGUGCGACGUACUCCUGUGACGACGUAUGCUGAAAUUGCGAUUUUGUUUCCACAACUAUUGCUGUUGACGCUGGUUGUGGCAUGGGCAGAUGGAAAUCUGGGACCCAGGGUUUGGCUGGCAGACCUUUGUCUCUGCGUGGGAGUGACUGCCAUGGCACUGGGAUGGGUUUCAAGCACGUUCACCACGGCGGCAUACACGGCCAACGCCUUGUUUGGCCUGGUGGCCGUCCUGCCACAGGUGAUCAUCAACUACAAGAACAAGUCGACUGGACAGCUGUCCUUUCUGGUCACUGCCAUGACCUUUGGAGGGACAUCAGCGCGGUUGUACACCACCUUCGUGGAAGUAGAUGACCUGGCGCUGCAACUGACCAUGAUGCUGAAUUGGAGUUUGGUCAGCACCCUGAUGCUGCAAUUCGCUGUGUACCGCGAUCGCCGACCUCUGCCUGCGAAACCUGCGAGUUCCGAAGAGAGCCCGACCAUGGAGAAACCGUCCUUCAAGCGCCAGGCCUCGGUGGUGAAGGCUUUUGCCAGCUUUGGCUCCUCUCGCUGCUUGUCAGAGAUGGUGGACGUGGAGAUGAUGGAUGGCACUGUGGAAGUGAUCAAGUCGAAGUCCAGCCAAUCCUUGUCUCAUUUUGCACGGUCCAUCUCCUGGAGCACGCCGGUCGCCAGUAGCUCGGUGCCUUGUUUUGAUAUCCCUCCGGACCUCCGCCAGGUGUCCAGUCCACCUCUGCGACGAAAUUGAGCUUGGCGAAAAUCACCGGAAACUAUGGUGAGGUGAUCAUCCAAAUAGAGGACUUUUCGGCGAUCCAUUGAGAUCCAUCAAUGUUCACUUCCCUGCGAGGCAAAAGGUCUUGACAGGUCCAGCGUAGAGAGAACAAGGGCCGGGGAGCGGACGUGGCUACCAUGGUCCCAUAUGUAGGAAUGAUAAGCGCCUCUGGCUGGUAAGUCUGGUGACU